AUGUUCGUAUCUGGACUCAAACCUGGAUCUAGCGAGGAAGAAGAAGAAGAUAUCAUGGAUAUCCUCCAGAAAAGGCGGGAAGAAUGCGAGCGCAAGGCGAGACGCGGGGAGAUGGACCCCCGGCUGGAGUUCACCUUCCAGCUGCUCAUCGACGGCACAGGGCUCCCGAGGCAUGCCAUUAUGGACCACGUCUUCGAAGGAAACAUGUUAGAUGACAUCAAUCAGCUUUUCCUGCCUCACAUGCGAAACAAACUGCUCUGGUACUACCAAGACGUCGAGGAAGUGGAGCAGAAGCCUCAAGCAGAAGCAUCGAAGCCCAGGCCUUCGGGACAAAAACCGGCACCGCCACAGGUCACCCUUAAGAAGAAACUGUUCUUAUCAGAUGGCUGGGAUGUCAAAUUCACCGGCAUAUGCAUUUAUAUGUUCCGGAUUAAUGUCAGCAAGCAGUUACCAGAAGAAGGAUUCCAUAAAGAUUUAUUUUGCGGUAUCCUCAACGCAGAGAAGGUGGGUUUGGUGACAGCUAUUGAGAGGGUGAUGGAAUAUGUGUACAUGAGCGCACUUGCGCACCCGAGCAGCGAUGGUGACGAAGACGAAACGAGGUUUCCAAUCGUGAAAAAUCAGCUGCUGCCAGGACUGAGGUCCUUUUGCAGCGCUUUAAAAGUUUGUGAAGAAGUGUGCAACCAAAUAAACCUAUUCGAUGACGGCUUGCACGUGAUGGAAAAGGUGCAGGAUCACUGUGAACUGAAGGAUAUGACAAAGAAUAUUAAUACUAUAACGAUGUUGGAAGAUCGUGUGGGCGAAUGGAUAAAGAAAGUUAUGGAGAUCUUAAGUGAAAGUGAACAAUUGCGACGCGAAGUAGACUCUAGCGGCCCACAGGAUGAAUUAGAGUAUUGGAAGAAGAGAGGUGCUCAAUUCUCGCAAUUGGUAUCAUACUUACAGGACAACGAAGUACAGAUGACACUGACGGUUCUCCAGCUAGCCAAUUCGAAAGUCAUCAAGCUUUGGCGGGAUACUGACCAUAAGAUAACGUUCUGCUACAAUGAAGCCAAAGAUAACGCGAAGUUCAUCCAAGCGAUGGAGAAGUGCUGCCACUCCCUGUACUUGGACGACCCAGUGAAGAUAAAGGAUUCCAUAUUGAGCCUUCUGCAAACAGUGAGGUUAAUACACAGCAUCUCUCAGUUCUACAACACCUCUGAAAGAAUCUCUUCUUUAAUGGUAAAGAUCACGAACCAAAUGAUAGAAACAUGCAAGCAGUACAUUACGUGCCGUUUCAAGGAAACCAUCUGGUCACAGGAGCGGUCACUCGUCAGAGAACGUUUAAUACACUGCAUCAAUUUGAAUAAAACUUACAGGGAAACCUAUUUAUUCGUUAAAAACCAGCAAUUCCUUCCCAACACGGAGCAGUUCAGUUUCUCCGAGAACUACGUGUUCGGCAAGUUUGACACGUUCUGUAGGAGGCUGACUAAGAUAAUCGCUAUGUUCGACAUCAUGGACGACUACAGUCACCUCUUCGAGAAACGCAUGGAGGGUCUAUUACUCGGGGAAGAUUUGGAAGAGGCUAUGCAAACUUUCGAGGAAGCCAAAAAAGCGGUGAUCAGUGCGCAAUACGACUUCCUCGACUACAGAAAUGGCGAGUUCGACAAAGACUACGAGACCUUCGAAGGAAAGACCGACGCCCUCAGGGAGUCCAUAGGGAACACCAUAGAGAUGAACUUCUCCAGCGUGUGGGAAACGCCACAGGGCAUCAAGUUCCUCACCAGAUUUGAAAAGGUGAGCCAAAAAAUCCAAAUAACCAAACUAAGUGAGAAAUACGAUCGUGUCCUAAAGUACUGUGAGAAGGAAGUGGACAAGAUAACGAAGAUGUUCAAGAGGCAGAGGGAAGAUCCACCACUAUUGAAGAACUAUUCGCCAGUUGCUGGGCGUAUAAAAUGGUCGCGAUGUCUGAUGCACAAUAUGACUGAGACCGUAGAGAACGUGUGCGCGCACCCGGUACUGCGCUCUUUGCCGGCGGCCGGUGACGUCACGCGAAAGUACUCCAACACCCGCUCCCUGGUCGUCUCAUACGAGGACACCAUGCGGGCCGUCUGGAUGAACCAGAAUCUAUGGGAUGUGGACGAUAGCCUAAACAACACGUUGCUGAAGAUAGACGAGGGCGGUCGCAUCACCGUGAAUCUGGACCAUACUAUUCGACUGCUGCUACGCGAGUCUGAUUGCCUCAUCAAGAUGGGACUAGAACUACCGAUCGUCUGCCACUCGCUGUACGCGAAGAAGAACUACUUCACGCUGAUUAACGACUCUUUACAGUUCCUUCUACGGGACUACCUCUGCACCGUGCGCCGCGUCAAGCUCGAAGUUCGUCCUCUUUUUCUGCCUCAAGUGGUCCGUCUCUCUUCCCUAUUACUUCCUGGUCUCCGCCACGUUACUUGGACCAGUGGUGACUGGCAAGCGUUCAUUGACCGGGCAAACGACGCCAUCAAAUGUUUCGACGUGUUGGUGACGAGAGUCCACGACAUUUACACCAACAGGAUCAUCUACGUACUCUCCGGCAUGCAGGAUGUUACCUUGAUUGCGUUGCCAGAAGAAACGCCUUGGAGAGUAGAUGAAUUCAUGGAGAAUGUGGAAAGUGGCUGUAGAAAUGCUUGUGUGGAACUGAACCGCAAGAGUCUUAUGGUUGAAGAAGCUGUCGAAGAAGUGUUAGAUCUAGUCAAGAAAGCUGCGCAACAAAUAAGACCCACAGAAGUUAAUCCUGAUUUCGAAUUUCUCAUUAACGACGAUGAUCCUCAAGAAGGCAGCGGUCCCGCGUCUACACCCGCGGACUCCACGUCGAGCGGCCAACAGGACUGGUCGGCCGUAUGGGAAUGCUUCGAAAAUCCACAUAAACUGCUGUCCACGCCAGCGGGCGGACUGUCCAAAAGCAUGCAGGAAAUGGUGAAAAAUGCGGUAUAUGAAAUGAGACGGUACUAUAGUAGGAAGGUGGUGGACGUCCUGAUCAGGGUCACCAGGAGGACUCUUGACCUCAUAAUCAAGCGGUUCAAUACGGAUCCUGAAAUCAUUGAUGACGAUUCUUCAAAGAAACCCAUAUUCCUACUACAAGCGACGUUGAUGAUUCCAAAUGUUUCGGUGAAGCCUACACUCGAGGAAAUCCAAGAGGUGCUUAUAGUAGCGGGGAAGCAUAUCUCCGGAUUAUCAAAAGGUGUGGCGCAAUGGACAGGCGGAAAAAUAAGCAGGGUGAACUGGAAGAAGAUUGCGAACAACCAACCGAACCAGCUCCUCAAAGUAGUUACGAAGCUUGACGAACAGGUUCAAUCAACGACACAGCACGGAGGUCAGAAAGGGAAGGUGAUGGAAGCAGCCAAGAUCAAGCGCAAGAAGCACUAUCGCCUCGAAUCGGAGGAGAAACCCUCGUUCCCUUUCCAACAAAAGAACUUCUACACGCACGUCAUGGAGAAUAAAGAAGUGGUGAAGACUUUAUCCUUGUUGUCGUCGUGUACGCAGAACAUUAAAACGGAACUAAACAAUCUUGUGAAACGUUGGCGUCCGUACCACUACCUUUGGAAAUGCGAGAAAACAUUACGGCAAUUGUUAGCGUGGAAUUUAAAUGACUUCGAACUUUCCCUAAAGAAACACAGCGAAUUAGAGGCCAAAUUAGGGACCGAACCUGAUGUUCUUGUGAUUGGCAACUGUCUGGCAGUGUCCACUGAAAAACUAAAACUGGGAUUGACGACAGAAUUGAAAAAUGGCAUGCACAGAUUAAGUCAAGCAAUGCGAAAAAAGUACAAACGCGAAAUGGACUAUGUUUACGCUAUAAUGAAUGAUCUUGAACGCAAACUGGAGCGUCCUAUCCGUGACUUGGAUGACGUCCGAAUGAUCAUGGAGACACUUAAGAAGAUUCGAGAACAAGAGGUUGAUAUGGAACUGAAAAUAGAUCCAGUUGAGGAAGCAUUCAACGUGAUCACUAGAUACGAGCUUACGGUGAGUAAAGAAGACUUGGAGCAAGUCGACAACCUGCGCUACACCUGGCAACAGCUGCAGGCACGCGCUCUGGCUUCCCACGUGCAGCUGCUGAGGAUGCAGCCGCAAUUCGAAGAGGAUCUUUUUAACAAUCUAGACAGGUUCCGCGAAGACAACUCUGAAUACGUCCACGAAUACAGAUACGCCGGGCCAAUGCAGGCAGGGCUGAGUCCAAGAGAAGCCUCUGACAGGCUAAUCUUAUUUCAGAAUCGCUUCGAUGGCAUGUGGCGUAAACUUCAAACGUACCAAAGCGGUGAGGAGUUAUUCGGAAGACCACAUACCGAGUAUCCUGAACUUGCGCAGAUCAGGAAAGAGCUCAAUUUACUGCAGAAAUUGUAUAAACUGUACAAUGACGUCAUCGACCGCGUCAGCAGCUACUACGACAUACCCUGGGGCGAGGUGAAUAUAGAAGAGAUCAACAAUGAACUUAUGGAAUUCCAGAACAGAUGCCGCAAACUACCAAAGGGUUUAAAAGAAUGGCCAGCAUUCUUCGCGUUAAAGAAGACCAUAGACGAUUUCAACGACAUGUGCCCUCUUUUGGAGCUGAUGGCCAACAAGGCUAUGAAAUCGCGUCACUGGCAACGCAUUAUGGAAGUCACGAAAUACAACUUCGAACUGGAUAAUGAAGACUUUUGCUUGAAAAACAUCUUAGAAGCUCCAUUGUUGCCGAACAAAGAAGAUAUUGAGGACAUCUGUAUAUCAGCAAUGAAAGAGAAGGACAUUGAAGCAAAGCUGCGUCAGGUCACCAACGAGUGGUCGGUGCACGAGCUGACGUUCCAGACCUUCAACAACAGAGGCGAGCUACUUCUGAGGGGAGACACCACCGCGGAGACCAUCGGGCAGCUGGAGGACAGCCUCAUGAUCCUGGGAUCGUUGCUCUCUAACCGCUACAACGCUCCAUUCCGCAAGCAAAUACAGCAAUGGUUAUUCGAUCUACAGAGCACCAACGAAAUAUUGGAACGUUGGCUCCUUGUUCAGAACAUGUGGGUUUACCUGGAGGCGGUGUUCGUCGGAGGUGACAUAGCCAAGCAGCUGCCGAAAGAAGCCAAGAGGUUCUCCAAGAUCGAUAAGUCCUGGCAAAAGAUCAUGCAAAGGGCACACGAAACACCCGGCGUGGUUUCUUGCUGCGUUGGCGACGAUUUACUCAGACAACUGUUACCCCAUCUACAAGAACAGCUUGAACUUUGCCAGAAGAGUUUAAGCGGCUACUUGGAAAAGAAACGGACAAUGUUCCCCAGAUUUUUUUUCGUAUCAGACCCAGCUUUGCUCGAGAUCCUCGGACAAGCCUCCGACUCUCAUACGAUACAAAAUCAUCUUCUCUCAAUUUUCGACAAUAUGCGCUAUGUCAAGUUUCACGAUAUUGAAUACAACAAGAUGAUAGCGAUAGUGUCGUCUGAAGGAGAGGAGAUCAAGUUAGAGCGGCCGGUGCGCGCCGAGGGCUCCGUGGAGACCUGGCUGACGUCAUUGCUGCAGUCGGCACAAGGCAGCAUCCACUCUAUCAUACGGAACGCUGUAGCCGUCCUCAACGACCCGGGCUUCAACCUACUGCUGUUCCUGGACAAAAUGCCAGCUCAGAUUGGCCUCCUGGGUAUCCAGUUAAUUUGGACUCGAGAUGGAGAAUUAGCGUUGCAACAAGCUCGCUCAGACAAAAAGAUCAUGAUGGAGACCAAUAAUAAAUUCUUGGAGCUUCUGAACACCCUCAUUGACCAGACGACGAGAGAUUUAACUAAGAUGGAGAGAAUCAAAUUCGAGACCCUCAUCACAAUCCACGUCCAUCAGAGAGACAUAUUUGAUGUGUUGUGUCGUCUCAACGUACGGUUACCGACCGAUUUCGAAUGGCUGAAGCAGUGCAGAUUCUACUUCAAGGAGGACGCAGAUAAGACUUGGAUAUCCGUAACCGAUGUAACCUUUACCUAUCAAAAUGAGUAUUUAGGCUGUACUGACAGGCUUGUCAUCACUCCGCUCACAGAUAGAUGCUACAUAACGCUCGCUCAAGCGCUCGCUAUGAGUAUGGGUGGGGCGCCGUGUGGGCCCGCUGGCACUGGCAAAACGGAGACGGUCAAGGAUAUGGGCAAGACCUUGGCUAAGUACGUGGUCGUGUUCAACUGUUCCGACCAGAUGGAUUACAGAGGUUUGGGGCGUAUCUACAAGGGCCUCGCUCAGUCUGGCUCCUGGGGUUGUUUUGACGAAUUCAACCGGAUAGAAUUGCCUGUGCUGUCAGUAGCGGCCCAGCAGGUCGCAGUUGUAUUGGCCGCCAAGAAGGAGAAGAAGAAAAGCUUCAUCUUCACCGAUGGCGAUUUGACAGAGAUGUGUCCCGAGUUCGGUAUCUUUAUUACUAUGAAUCCUGGGUACGCCGGCCGCAAAGAGCUUCCCGAGAACUUAAAGAUACAGUUCCGAACGGUGGCCAUGAUGGUGCCUGACAGGCAGAUCAUUAUUCGUGUGAAACUCGCUUCUUGUGGCUUCCUGGAGAACAUUACGCUAGCUCGAAAAUUCUACACCCUUUACAAACUCUGCGAAGAACAACUUACGAAACAGGUACACUACGAUUUUGGUCUUCGCAAUAUUCUCUCCGUCCUCCGAACACUUGGUGCUGUCAAAAGAGUAAACGUCAAAGAUAAUGAAAGCACAAUCGUCAUGCGUGUGUUGAGAGAUAUGAAUCUUUCUAAGCUCAUAGAUGAAGAUGAGCCUCUCUUCAUAUCAUUGGUGGCGGAUCUCUUCCCAAACCAAGCUCUCGAGAAAACUACGUACGAUCAUCUUGAAGAGGCUAUCAAGAAGCAAGUAGAGUUAGGAGGACUAAUUUACCACCCACCUUGGGUGCUGAAGUUAAUACAGCUUUAUGAAACUCAAAGAGUACGUCACGGUAUAAUGACUUUGGGGCCUCCUGGUGCAGGAAAGACUACUUGUAUUCAUACUUUGAUGAAUGCUCUUACAGACACCGAGGCACCUCACAGGGAAAUGCGCAUGAACCCGAAGUCCAUAACAGCAGCACAAAUGUUUGGUCGUCUCGACGUCGCAACCAACGACUGGACGGAUGGAAUAUUUUCAGCUCUAUGGAGAAAAACACUCAAAAUCAAAACUGACGAACAUAUAUGGUUAGUCUUAGAUGGACCUGUCGACAGUAUCUGGAUAGAGAAUCUUAACUCCGUUUUGGACGACAAUAAGACGUUGACUUUAGCAAACGGUGAUCGUUUGACGAUGUCUCCGACCUCUAAGAUAAUAUUUGAACCUGAGAAUAUUGACAAUGCAUCCCCAGCAACCGUGUCUAGAAACGGAAUGGUUUACAUGUCCUCGUCUGGCUUAGAAUGGGAUCCAGUUCUUCGGGGCUGGCUUAAAACUCGAUCUCCCAGAGAGGUUGAAGUAUUCACUGAACUUUUUGAACAAACGUUUCCAGUAGUAUACACUUGGUGUACGCAAAAUUUGACCUUUUGCAUGAGAGUGCUGCAAAGUAACAUUAUAUUACAAAUGCUAAGUCUACUUGAAGGUCUCGUCCCCCAACAAACAGUCGAACAGAGUGAAGAACCUUCAGCCAGUAAGUCCGUAAAUGGGGAUAUAGACGAUGAAGAAGACAAAGAAAAAGUUGAAGAGAUUAUACAAUUUACUCCUGAACAUCUGCAUAAAAUAUAUGUUUUUGUUCUUGUGUGGGGUUUCGGCUCCCUUUUAGAAACAAGCGACAGAAAUCGUUUUGACGGAUUUAUCAAAAAUAAAUUCGCAGAUAUUUUAGACAUACCGAAACACCCCAACAACAAGCCUUCAAUCUUAUUCGACUUCUACGUAAAACACCCUGGGAAAUGGGAACUGUGGGAUGAUUUAGUUACUCCCUAUCAGUACCCUGACACUGCCGCACCUGACUACGCGAGUAUUUUAGUGCCCAUCACGGAUAAUGUAAGAAUAAAUUAUCUAAUCCAUUGUAUUGCGAAACAAGGUAAAGCUGUAUUACUUUUAGGCGAACAAGGUUCAGCGAAAACGGUAAUGAUGAAAGCUUACAUGAAAAAUGUAAAUCCUGAACAGUUCAUGGGCAGAUCCUUUAAUUUUUCUUCAGCCACUAGUCCGUACCAAUUUCAAAAAACUAUAGAAAGCUAUGUUGAAAAACGUAGUGGCAUGACAUUUGGACCUCCAGGUGGGAAAAAGAUGUUGGUGUUCAUAGACGACAUCAAUUUGCCCGAGAUUAAUGAAUGGGGUGACCAAAUAACUAACGAAAUCGUGAGGCAAACUAUGAGUAUGGGUGGGUUUUAUAGUUUAGAGAAGCCUGGUGAUUUUACAACCAUAGUGGAUAUACAAUUCCUUGGCGCAAUGGGGCAACCAGGUGGAGGCAGAAAUGAUAUUCCACCUCGGUUAAAACGGCUAUUUGCUAUAUUUAACUGCCCUUUGCCUAACAAUGAGGCAAUUGAUAAGAUUUUUAAAGUAAUAGGCGAAGGUCACUACAAUGCCAGGCGUGGCUUUGCUAUGGAAGUACGAUCAUUAAUUAAAAAAGUAAUACCACUAACGAGAGAGCUUUGGAUGAGAACAAGGUUGAAUUUACUGCCGACUCCAGCCAAAUUCCACUAUGUGUUUUCACUACGAGACUUAUCUAGAGUCUGGCAGGGAAUGGUGGGAACUCUCCCUACAGUUAUUGAAUCAGAGAAAUGCCUAAUGUUGUUAUGGAAACAUGAAUGUUCAAGAGUAUUCUUAGACCGUUUCACUCACCAAGCUGAUAAAGAUUGGUUUAACAAAGCCCUGUAUGACAUCGCGGAGGAAAUAUUAGGAGUGGAAUAUAAGAAAAUGAUGGAAAAGGAACCCGUUUUUGUUGAUUUUAUGAGAGAUGCUCCGGAGCCAACUGGUGAAGAGGGUGAGGACACAGACAUGGAAUUGCCUAAAGUAUACGAACCCGUGUAUGAUUACAGUGAAUUAAGAGAGCGACUAGAUAUGUUUUUGGCACAAUUCAAUGAAAUGGUGCGUGGAUCCGGCAUGGAUCUGGUGUUCUUCCCUGAUGCUAUGCUACACUUGGUUAAAAUAUCAAGAGUCAUACGACAUCCACGUGGAAACGUCAUGCUUGUAGGAGUGGGUGGUUCUGGAAAACAAUCACUGACAAAACUGUCAACAUUCAUAGCGGGAUAUAGGUCUUUUCAGAUAGCCUUAACUAGAUCUUAUAAUGUAGGUAAUUUCCUCGAAGAUUUAAAACUCCUUUAUAGGUCUUGCGGAGUUCAAGGAAAGGGCACAACUUUCAUUUUUACCGAUCUGGAUAUAAAAGAAGAAGGUUUCUUAGAGUACCUCAACAAUAUCUUAUCAUCAGGAGUUAUAUCGAAUUUAUUCACAAAAGAUGAACAGCAAGAAAUUAUAUCAGAAUUAACUCCGAUAAUGAAACGAGAAAAUCAGAAACGUACACUUACAAACGAGCUUGUGAUGGAGUACUUUCUGAAUAGAACAUGUCAAAAUCUUCAUGUUGUAUUAUGCUUUUCUCCGGUAAGCGAAGCUUUUAGAAAUCGUGCGAUGAGAUUCCCUGCACUUAUAUCAGGAUGCACUAUAGAUUGGUUCCAACCAUGGCCCAAAGCAGCAUUGGUACAAGUUGCCGACCACUUUUUAUCAGAAUUCGAGAUCGAAUGUACUAAAGAGGUCAAAAAAGAACUGGUUACUGUCUUGGGUACAAUACAGGACGUCGUUUCUGGAGUAUCGACAGAAUACUUUCAAAGAUUUCGUCGAUCGUCACAUGUAACUCCUAAAUCAUACCUUAAUUUCAUCGGUGGUUACAAAACAAUUUACCAAAUGAAACAAAAAGAACUCGGAGAUGGAGCAUUGCGAAUGGAUACUGGGCUUGAAAAACUUCGUGAAGCUUCUAUUUCUGUAGAGGUGCUGAAAAAGGAUUUAGCAGUAAUGGAACAAGAUUUAGCGCUUGCAUCUGAAAAAGCUGAUCGUGUAUUAACAGAGGUAACGGAAAGAGCCAUGCAAGCGGAGAUUGUGAAGAAUCAAGUGCAGAUAGUAAAAGAAAAAGCUGAAGCUUUAGUAGCGUAUAUUGCCGAAGAGAAAGAAAAAGCUGAAAUAAAAUUAGAAGCUGCAAAGCCAGCGCUAGAAGAAGCCGAAGCUGCUUUAAAUACUAUCAAACCAGCACAUAUAGCGACUGUAAGAAAAUUGGGGAGACCGCCACAUCUGAUUAUGAGGAUAAUGGACUGCGUAUUGAUCCUAUUCCAGAGAAGAUUACAUCCACUAAUUCCUGAUACAGCUGCGCCCUGUCCGAAACCAUCCUGGGCAGAAUCAUUAAAAAUGAUGGCUAGCACAACUUUCCUUUUACAACUUCAAAACUACCCUAAAGACAUAAUUAACAAUGAAAUGGUGGAGCAUUUGUUUCCAUACUUUGAAAUGGAAGACUAUAACAUGGACACAGCUAAGCGCGUUUGUGGUGAUGUAGCCGGGCUUCUGUCAUGGACCAAAGCUAUGGCUUUCUUCCACAGCGUUAAUAAAGAGGUGCUUCCCUUAAAGGCUAAUCUACUACUGCAGGAAGCCAGGCUAAAGGUAGCUAUGGAAGAUUUAGCAUCAGCAGAAAGACAAUUAGAAGAACGUGAAAUGUCCUUACGCAAAGUGAAAGCACAAUACGAGUCUGCUGUGUCCGAGAAGCAGCAAUUGACAGACGCUGCCAACGUUUGCCUAAGGAAGAUGACAGCCGCCACAGCACUCAUAAACGGUUUAGGCGGAGAGAAGAUAAGAUGGACACAACAAAGUAAAGAUUUUAAAGAACAGUUAGGCAGACUAGUAGGCGAUGUCGUUUUAGCAACCGGAUUCUUAUCAUACUGCGGACCAUACAACCAAGAGUUCCGAAACAGUCUUCUUGACACUUGGAUGGGAAUACUAAAAAAGAAGGAAAUUCCCGUGACGGACAAUCUGAAUAUUACAAAUAUGUUAAUUGAAAGUGCAACAAUAUCAGAAUGGACAUUGCAGGGCUUACCCAAUGACGAUUUGUCAGUUCAAAAUGCUCUGAUUGUUACAAAAUCCAGUUCUUAUCCGUUAUUAGUUGACCCACAAAGUCAAGGCAAAAAUUGGAUUAAAAACAAAGAAAGUACAAAUGAAUUACAAAUCACAUCUCUAAAUCACAAAUAUUUUAGAACUCAUUUAGAGGAUAGUCUUUCAUUAGGUAGGCCGUUGUUAAUUGAAGACGUUGGUGUAGAAUUAGAUCCUGUAAUAGACAAUGUGUUAGAGAAAAACUUUAUCAAAUCAGGCUCAAUAGAAAAAGUAAUGGUGGGUGACAAAGAAUGUGAUGUCAUGCCUGGUUUUAUGCUUUACAUUACAACAAAAUUACCUAAUCCUGCUUACUCUCCUGAAAUAAGUGCAAAAACUUCCAUUAUAGACUUCACUGUGACAAUGCAAGGUUUGGAAGAUCAAUUACUCGGCCGGGUCAUUCUAAUGGAAAAAUCUGAUUUAGAAGAAGAACGCGUCGCACUGUUUGAAUCGGUAAUGAAAAAUCAGAGAAGUAUGAAAGAAUUAGAAAGUAACUUACUGUGUCGACUCACAUCAUCUGAAGGCUCCUUAGUAGAUGACGAAGCAUUAAUUCAAGUUCUGCAGGUAACAAAAACUACGGCAGAAGAGGUAAAUGAGAAGCUCAAAGUGGCUGAAGUUACAGAAAAGAAAAUUAUCAAAGCCAGAGAGGAAUUCCGAGCUGUGGCAGGACGGGGUUCUAUACUGUACUUCUUGAUAGUCGAAAUGAGCAAUGUAAAUAUAAUGUAUCAAAACUCCUUGAAACAGUUUCUCAAUAUAUUCGAUAGUUCUAUUACAAAAUCUACUAAGAGCAAUGUAACUGAAGAGAGAAUCAAUAUAAUUCUCAAGUACUUGACACGAGAAGUGUGGGCGUUCACCUUGAGAAGUUUAUACGAGCGACAUAAAGCUUUGUUUACACUUAUGUUAGCAAUGAAGAUUGACUGCCACAGAGGUUUGAUAUCCCAUGAUGAAUUCACUGCAUUCGUAAAGGGUGGCGCAUCCUUAGACUUGAAUGCUGUUACCCCGAAGCCGUUUAGGUGGAUCUUGGAUAUCACAUGGUUGAAUCUAGUGGAGAUUAGUAAACUAAAAAUUUUUAGUGACGUUCUUCAAAGAAUAUCGAGUAACGAAAAGGAGUGGCGAGUGUGGUAUGAGAAGGCGAAGCCAGAGGAAGAGACGAUUCCAAAUGGAUACCACGACAGCUUGGACGUGUUCCGUAAACUAUUGCUUAUUCGGUCAUGGAGUCCAGACCGCACACUUUCCCAGGCCAGAAAGUAUAUUGUUGAUUCACUGGGGCCCGAAUACGGUGAGGGAUGCAUUUUAAAUUUGGAAACGACAUGGGAAGAAUCAGAGCCACGUACUCCGCUCAUUUGCAUUUUAUCUAUCGGCUCGGACCCUUCGGCUCAAAUUGCAACUCUAGCAAAAGCAAAGGAAAUAGUCUUGAAGGCCGUAUCCAUGGGUCAAGGCCAAGAAGUAGUAGCCCGUAAAAUGAUAUCAGAUUCCAUGAACGAAGGUGGUUGGGUGCUACUGCAAAAUAUUCAUCUCUCUCUCCCAUUUUGUGUGGAAGCAAUGGAUGCUCUUAUUGAAACCGAACAUAUACAGGAAUCCUUCCGUCUGUGGCUGACGACUGAGGUUCACUCAGAUUUUCCAAUUGGUCUUUUGCAAAUGGCUAUUAAAUUCACAAAUGAACCCCCACAAGGCAUCAGAGCCAGUAUGAAAAGAACGUACCAGAAUAUAACACAAGAUACUUUAGAUUACUCUUCGUUAACGCAAUGGCCACCGCUGUUGUACGCUGUUGCAUUCUUACAUACCAUAGUUCAAGAGCGAAGAAAGUUUGGACCUUUGGGAUGGAACAUACCCUAUGAGUUCAACCAAGCGGAUUAUGCGGCUAGCGUACAAUUUAUUCAGAAUCAUCUUGAUGAAAUUGAUCCCAAAAAGGGAAUAUCGUGGCCCACUGUUUGCUACAUGCUUGGAGAAGUCCAGUAUGGUGGUCGAGUAACAGACGAUUUUGAUAAACGUCUGCUGACAACAUUCACCAACGUGUGGUUUUGCGAUGUUUUACUCAGGCCAGGAUUCGAGUUUUACAAAGGAUACAAAGUUCCUCAGACUAGAAAUUUGCAGGGAUAUGUAGAUUAUAUCAACCAGCUGCCUUUGACAGACACCCCUGAAGUGUUUGGCCUACAUGGUAAUGCUGAUAUAACAUACCAGAUUAACAGUGCAAAAGAUAUAUUAGAUACAAUAUUAAAUGUUCAACCUAAAGAAGGUGGAAGUCAAGGAGGGGAAACCAGAGAAAGUAUUGUAUACCGUCUGGCAGAAGACAUGUUAGACAAAUUACCUAAACAGUAUAUUAGUUUUGAAGUUAAGGAAGCCCUUCAGAAGAUGGGUGCCUUUUUGCCGAUGAAUAUCUUUUUACGGCAAGAAAUAGACAGGAUACAAAAAGUAAUUAAAACCGUCAGCUCUACUUUAUGCGACUUAAAACUGGCAAUUGAUGGCACUAUUGUUAUGAGUCAAGGUUUGCGAGAAUCUCUUGAUGCAAUGUACGAUGCUCGUAUUCCACAAAAAUGGUUGAAGGUCUCAUGGGAGUCAGCAACACUUGGUUUCUGGUAUACUGAGCUUUUAGAACGUGAGCAACAAUACAGAGUGUGGUUGAAGAACGGAAGACCUACCACUUUCUGGAUGACUGGCUUCUUUAACCCACAAGGCUUUCUUACCGCUAUGAGACAGGAAGUCACCCGUAGCCACAAAGGUUGGGCGUUGGACUCGGUAGUUCUACAAAACCACAUUACAAAAUUAAAUCGUGAAGAAGUGCACGAGGGCCCAGCAGAGGGAGUUUACGUUUAUGGCCUGUUCUUAGAAGGUGCUUCCCUAGACAGGAAGACUGGAAAACUGAUAGAGUCCAAGCCAAAGGUGCUAUACGAGCAAAUGCCGGUGAUUUACAUCUUCGCCAUCAACACGACCGCCGGCAAAGACCCGCGUCUGUACGAGUGUCCCAUCUACAGGAAGCCGCAGAGGACGGACGCGAAGUACGUCGGUUCCAUAGACUUUGAGACGGAUAGCAACCCGCGCCAUUGGACACUAAGGGGCGUCGCCCUUCUCUGUGAUAUCAAGUGAACAGUGAUAGUUACCUGCCUUUAUGUAAAUUGUCGAAAUAAGCAAUGAGUCGAUCAAUAAAUUUUUGUUUUACUUUUUGUCAAUAAGUG